AUGACCUGGUAUACGACGCUGAUCAUCAACCCCGUUAUUGGCGCGCUAGGAAUUCUGGGCAACAUCGUCAACUGUCUCAUCCUCAACCGCGACGGGCUGAAGAAACCCUCCAAUAUAUUCCUCUUCGUGUUAGCUAUAGCGGACGCAUGCGCAUUGGCCGAAAGCCUCGACGUGGCGGCCAUCUUGACCCAAUUACCGAGGUCAAUCCCGCUGGGAACUACGUACAUAGAGUACGACUGUAAUCGGAAGUGGCAAGGGGAGAUCAUUCUAAAUAUAAACCGUGUGACAAUCGGGUUGUUUACCUUUGGCGUCAACAUCAGCUCAACGCUGUGUGUCGUCAUCACGUUAGAGAGAAUGAUCGCCAUUUUUUUCCCGCUGAAAUUUAAAAGACUAGUAACACGAACCCGUGCAUGGCUAGUCGUAGCGUCCAUCUCUGCUGUUUACUUUGCUCACGCGGUGAUUUUGAUGAGAAAAUUUUAUUUUGUUUUCGGGUUUUCCCCUAGAUACCAAGUUUGUCUGUGCGGUUGUUUUGUUCGAUACGGCGAGAUUGAAAUAUUUCUGGAUACGGCCGUAACCUGGAUAGCUUGCGGUGUAUCACUGGCUAUCGUUACAUCCGGGUCUCUCGUCAUUCUAGUCAAAAUCAAGCUCAUCCAACGAAAUCGACGUCACAUGACGUCAUCGGCGUCGUCCUCGACGUCACGAACGACGCGGACGUUGAUGUCCGUGUGCGGCGUGUUCGUGGUGACGCAACUGAUCCGUUUCCCGUACGCCAUCUCCAGCGAGCCCUUCCAGGACAAGAAUGUGACGCUGAUGUACAUCAUGGUUGUCAUGACAACCUCCUACAUCAACAGCGCCGUUAAUUUCGUUAUCUACGUCACGCUCAAUUCUAAAUUUAGAAAGAUUUUUGUCGCUAUGGUUGGAUGCAGAAACGGAAGGAAUAGUUUGAAGGGAAGUAACUCCCAAGGACAAGGAAUUUCUGUUUAA